CGGCCCCAACGGAAGUCGAGAAAGCUCCGGCGCUCCCACCCAAGUUGCUCCUUGCGUUUUGCAGCUCGAUAGCUCCGAUAGGGAAAUCUGCCUUGAAAUUUCCCACUCUUCCGCUUUCUGUCUCCUUUGUUCUUCGCUUCGGAUUCCCCUCCAUCAGAAGGAGACAACAGCGGCACAAUGGAGUUCUUGUCCAAGCAUACGGAAUGUUUAUCCAAGCUGCAUCUCGAGGUAGCUCCGGGAUGGCAGACUCUAGGCGCAUACUUUCUGCUGGCCACGGGUGGAUUCUUCGCUGCGUCAAGGAUCUACACGUUUAUUCGCGUUCUUCUCAGCUUGUUUGUCCUUCCUGGGAAGUCGCUCCGCAAGUUCGGUCCUAAAGGUAGUUGGGCCCUCGUCACUGGUGCCUCCGAUGGAAUUGGCAAGGAAUUUUCCCUGCAGCUCGCUCGUGCUGGCUACAAUAUUGUCCUCGUUUCCCGCACUGCGUCCAAGUUGACCUCUCUCGCCAAUGACAUCUCCACCAAGAAUCCCGGUGUACAGACGAAGCUCCUGUCUAUGGACUUCGCGCGCAACGAUGAUGCCGAUUAUGAGAAGCUCAAGGCUUUGGUCGAUGAGCUCGAUAUCGCUGUCCUGAUCAAUAACGUUGGCAAGAGCCACAACAUCCCCACGCCUUUUGCCCUUACACCUGAGGAUGAGCUUACGGAUAUUGUCACGAUCAACUGCUUGGGAACACUGCGUGUCACGCAACUGGUUGCCCCGGGCAUGAUCCAGAGGAAGCGUGGUCUGAUCCUCACCAUGGGUUCUUUUGGUGGUCUUCUCCCUACGCCUCUUCUGGCCACCUACUCCGGCAGCAAGGCUUUCCUGCAGCACUGGUCCUCUGCGCUGGGUGCGGAGCUUGAGCCCCAUGGUAUUACGGUUGAGCUGGUCCAGGCCUACCUGAUCACUUCGGCUAUGUCCAAGAUCCGAAGAGCAAGCGCCACUAUCCCCGACCCCCGCAGUUUCGUUAAGGCGACGCUGGGCAAGAUCGGAAACAACGGCGGUUCCCCGGAUUACGCUUACAGCUCUUCUCCUUACUGGAGCCACGGUCUGAUGGCCUACUUCCUGACUUGUAUCACGGGUACUAUGACCAAGACCGUCCUUGGAUUCAACAAGGGCAUGCACGAGUCGAUCCGCAAGCGUGCUCUGCGCAAGGCUGAGCGCGAGAAGGGCAAGAAGGCGAUCUAGAUUUCCUUCUGUAGAGACGAUUACCUACAAGAUUCCUACGUGGUUCUUUCAUGGUUCCCUGGGGGUCGUUACUAUACCAUGGGAGAGAUGGCCAUCCGCUUCAUUGUCUUCAGUUAAUAGAUACUGGAAGAUGGCCUAAGGAUUAUUAUUAAGAUAAAAAAAACGAGCCUCUACUCGAGGCUUGUCUAAUUGCUUUAUGAAACCUCAGACAUAUUUAUAAUGAUCCGACCCGGGCGUAACGUGUGUUAUGAUUCCCAGUCUA